CCUGAACGCGUCACAACAACCCCUUCUAUUCUUUCUAGAUUCCAUCUCGCCAAACGUCAACGUGCAACUUGACUGAAUGCAAGUUGUCCUAGACACCAAUGUCUCAAAACCUGCCCUUAGGGCUCACAGAAAGACGAAGACUGGGUGCAGAACUUGCAGGAUACGACGUGUCAAAUGCGACGAGAGCCGGCCCAGUUGCAUAAAAUGUUCAAGUACAGGCCGUAAAUGUGACGGGUACCCUCAAAACCAGAGGGAUCUCCAGACCCAUGCAUCCAGCUAUGGACAGAUUAAGUCGGCGUGGCCCAGCAAAGCCCUUGCUUCACUUCCUGAUUUUGGCAACGACAUGCGCCAUCUGGAGUUUUACUACCACUGUAUCGGACCCAAGCUUUCUGGUAGGUUCGAUACUGAGUUUUGGUCGCGUUCGAUACUCCAGAUAGCACAUGUCGAGCCUGGUGUUCGCAACGCGUUGAUAGCCUUGAGUCAUCUUAAUCAAAGCCAAAGUGGUACCCUGCAAGACGCUCGUCGAUCUGCUAACAGACCAAAUAAUCUUAAGCGCAGGCCCUUCUGGAUUAAUUACAACAAAGCUAUCAGACAUCUCAUUGAUGACAUAGCUAAACCGUCGUUCUCCGCGGAAGCAGGUUUGGUGAUAUGCCUGCUUUUCGCGUGCAUUGAGUUUUUGCAAGCCGACGCAAACAUGGCGUUCACCCACGUCAGAAGCGGGUUGAACAUUGUUCACGAGCUGAGAAAGCAGAAAGCUGGCCGCUCGAGGUUCGGCCUUGCGGCGGCAAGUCAGGGUCAGAUGAGUGCGCGAUUGUAUGAAAUUGAGCAAAUCAUGGUGCCAAUCCUCACGCAAGCUCUAGCUUCUGCCCUCCCAUAUGGUACCAGCAUUGAAAGGGACUUUGAAUUCCUACAGUCGUGCCCAAGCUACUAUACAGGCACAGUUUUUACCCACAUUGCUGAUGCUCGAGCGUCCUUCUUUGACCUGCGAAAUGCCGCAAUCUUGUUAGCACGGGAUAUGGCCAUCAAGCUGUACGGAUCGAUACCAAUCGCGGCGUCAGACUAUCAUCGUCAGACUGACCUUCUGAACCAGCAUCGUGUCUGGCUUCAAGCUCUGAAAUCGCUGGAGCGUACAGAUAAAUGGGCCAAAGACGCCACAUACUCUCUCAGCGCCCUCAAAAUCGGAUACUACUCGAGCUACACCGCCGUCUCCUGCAUCAUGGACGAGACCCAGAUGGCGUUCGAUGCGCACCUCGAGAACUUUAUGUCCCUCGUUGCGCACGCUGAAUACUUAGUCGGUUCUUUUAACUUCAACAACUGCCACGCACCAUUAUCACCACUGGAUGCUGCCGCUAAUUUUGUCUUCGACACCGCGCUCAUCCCUGCACUAUUCUACGUGGCCAUACGCUGUCGCUGCCCCGUGACGCGCCGCAAAGCGGUUGACUUGCUGGCUUUGAACUUGCCACGAGAGGGGCUUUGGGACUCUGAGCAGCAUAGAAAGGUUGCCGAGCGGGUAAUCGAAAUUGAAGAAAGGAAAGUCGAUCCAAGAGGCUGGCCAAUUGCGGCUUCGAGACUCUGUAGGAGCAGCGUUGGAACGGACGUUGAUGAGAACAAUGGAUUUCAGGCAAGCUUUUUGUACACGAAAGACCUUGCAGCGGCGACUGAACGAGCGUGGAACGAGAGGCUCACGUUAAGUGAAAGUCACGCUAAGUGAGAGUCACACAAACUCACCUUCACUUGUUUUUCGUUAGUCACGACGUCGUUCGCGCUACAUCUCUCACUUUCUUCUGUCCAACU